UCAGCUGAGUUUGACAUUUCCAUCAACCUCCCGAGUGAAACGUCAAAUCUCGCAACCUUCUUUUCCUCCCCAAAUACUUGUACGACGUCUGCGCAGCUGCACUCCAGCAGACAAAAAGCUCCAAAUAGUGCUCCAUCCAACAAUGAACCGCAACAGGAAUCCAUCAAAAAGCCAGUCCACAGUUUAACCAACUGUCAGAAGCGCAAAUGUCGACGUGAUCGCCUGCUACGAUCUGAAAGACGCGAUGUCGGGAGCCCCCCGCUCCAAGACCUCCCCUCUAAGGGCCACCGUCCCUCUUUCGUGCGUUACGAAGCAAGGCAGCGGCCUGCGCAGCCCGGGAGCCCCCUUCAGAGGUGCCGGGAGUCCCAGGGCGCCCAAGGGGCUGAUUCGCAGGACGGCGUCCCUGGAUGCGAUUUACCUGAGAGGGCUGUUCCCGAGGGAGAGUCUGUUCUGGCAUCGGGAUAGAGCCACGCAGACCGAGAGGGCAAGCAGUUUGGAUUCGUUGCAGGCCGUGGGGGCUGCAGAAGGCGUAACGGACAGAGUGGCAAAACUGACUGUGAGACCGAGGCGGGCGAGCUGUAGCAGGGACGACGGGAUGCAUGUGAGAAAUCAGCCAUCUCCUGUUUUGAGGAGUUCGGCCAGCGUCCCACCGCCGAAGUCGUCGAGAAAUUCUGAAGAAGGACUGAACCAAGAACUAGAAUUAUACGCUUCUGCGGAACCACUUCCAUGUAAUAAUAGGUUGCAAGAACCAAUCCCGGAAGGAAGAAAGGCACCAGUGGCUGAAUUGAUAAGAGAAAGACCGUUUUCGAGGACGCGUCAUUCCGCCACUCAGAAUUCUUCAGAUUCCCCAUUAAGGGACUCUGUAUCGCCCGUUCCAAGCCUGUUGGAUACACCACACAGUGAAACAGAAGACAGCCAGGGUUCAAGUCCAGACCAAGAUCGAAUGGUGACCGGUUCAUCCCCCCACAUCAAUCGAUUUUCAUCCCGAGCACCCCCAGACGGCUGCGAACGCGUGCUAUCAAAAUCUGUACCUAUCCUAAGACCAAUACCUCGAGAAGUCGUUUCCUCGCAUCCAAACACUCUAUUCACGCUCAAACCAAGUUGUCAUUCGGCUUUCGAGACCCUGCAGAGAAGCUUGGAACUAUCCAAUCAGGACAAGGAAGAAGACAAAGACAGAGAUUCACCAAAAGUGCCCGAUCAAGAGGACCCAUAAGUUGUUUCUUUAGUUUUUCAGAUCGUUGGAGUCAACUUAUCUGUGCUACAGACAGUUUCCCCUAAUUUUUAUGUUAAUCCAGUCUCCAAGCAAACAGGUUAGAAUCUCUUUUGUUCGAAUGUAGUUUUAUUUGUAAUGAAGGCUGUGUCUUUGGAGAUGAAGGAUUUAAGUUAAGUAUUUUUGCCAAAUUGCAUUUGCUGUUUGUGAUAAUUCUCAAAUAAAAAAUUGCUUAGACGGUUUGUUUUUGUUUAAACGAUCUGAAAUUGGUUCACAGCAGAUACAUUCCGCUAAGAUACAGAGUGAACUGUUUAAAUGCUGUGAUUCUUUUUGUAAGCAGAAAUUAUUUGAUCAAAUUGUUUUUUAAUGUAGGAUUUUCUAACCUAAAAUUGUUACCUUCUUGUUAUUUAAGGCAUUUUGUGUAUGUACAAACAUAUCUAAUAAACAGACUGACAUACACCAAUUUUUGUUUUUAAGAUGAAUUUAUUCAAAAUAAAAAUAUAAUUAGAACCUUAAUUUUUGGAAGAACCACUUGUUCUUCCCUGACUUGUAUCUUUCUUCAAACUUGACACGAGUUUGGAACCUAACCUUCUUCCUCUUCAUGGGAUCUUUCAAAUCCUUGGGGGUGAUUUUAACGUCGCUGGUUAAGUCCACGGAAUAACGAGUGGGCAUCAAAUGGUUAUAGUUCAAAA